GCUUGUUUAUUUCGUAAAGAAUUAAAAGAUAUACUCAAGAUUUGUUUUUUCUUCACACUUUCCUUGCAUGAGUUGACUGUCUUGUCAAGCGUGCUUGUCACGCGAUAAAAAAACGCAACUUUCGUCUCCCCCGCAUUGCGUGAUGGAGUAUAUAGUUCAUGUUCUGAAAGCGCUGCUAGACAACUUUAUUUGUUCCAAAGGUAAGUUCGUCGAUGCUUGUAUUUCUUUUAUUUGUUUGAUUUUUUCAUAUAAAACCUGAACCCUCUUCGGAAAAAUAUGUAUUUGUGCUAUAACACACACCCUGGCUUUUUGAGGAAAGAAGCGCUUGAUUGUUUGCUGACGUGAUAAUAUUACUCUAUUGGACCAGUGGUUGCUUUAUUGGUGGACACGCUUUGGUGAGCGAGAACUCGAGCUUCAAACCGGGAACAAUAAAGAGGAAAAAAUCCUUUGUUACAGAUUCGGAAUACACCCCUUUUUGGUACCAGUACACGUAGAGCUAUAGAAGAUACGAUAGAGGCGCAGUUGGGAUAAACAAGCCGUGUAGACAAGACUCUUUCAACGACACACCAACCCUCAAUUUUCUUGGUAAUUUAUCUUCUGGAGGAGAUUGAAAUCUCAAGAUGCAUCAGACACUAGCGAUCGUUCUCGUCCUGACACUCGUCGGGGCUACCUUGGCCAUGAAUCCAAGGCAGGACUUUGCUGAUCGUCGUGGUAUGCAGAGAAUGGAGAAAAUGAAGCCCUUGAGGCCGGGGCUGCAAGUACGGAACGAGUAUCUUGAACGGUUCCAGGCAGACGCAGAGAAGAGAGCCCGUAAAUAUGGUGAGAACAACCUGAGAGAGAAGAUGUCCAAGUUGAAGACCCCCUAUGCUGACCAGUUGUCCCAGCUUCGUGAGAGGAUGGCCGCCGGACAGGAGAGGUUUGGAUCCAAGAUGAGCAUGCGCGGUGACCAAAAGAAGGUCAAGAGAUCAUCCAGGAGGCAGCCAUAAGAAAGAUGACUUCAUAAUAGUCGUCUGCAGAGUGUCUUUCCAUGUCAAAUAGUAUAUAGGGAAUGUCCAACAAAAAUAGUAAAUCGAUAAUUUGCUAUCGUCCAGAAAAGCACUCAUGAAAACCGCUUCACUUAAUUUGAUUAUUUACUACGGCUCAUCACGUUAUAUAUCUACAUGCAGAUUUAAUGCUAGGCCUACUGGCAGAUUUUUAUGUAAGGGUUGAAUUUUCAUGGUUUAUUUUUUAACUCAUGUUAGUUUUCGUUGCUCACUUAAGGCCACCGCACACCUUACGACUGUUCGCGAUCCGAUUUUGGAACAAAUCGCAUUUUGAUCAUUUUCUGAAAAUGUGAAUGAAUCAUAUCAUUUCAUUUGAGGUUAAAAUUAAUUGAAAGAAUACUAAUAUAACCAUUUUGAAAGAUUGCAAGCUUUUAUUUUGGAGUAAAGGCCACAUUAGUUUCAAAUCGUAGUCAAUCGUACGACUGCUAUGACGUCAUUAGGACUAGAUAUUAAAUUUGCUUUUAUUCUAAGAAGGAUGAUAGCAUAGUCACAUAUUUGAACAUAGGUAUUCGUACGAUGAUUUAGAACAUUACCCAGUAAGAUAUUCUAAGUCUCAAUAUUAACAUCAAAUUCUACUACAUUUUAUUCUGAAAUCGGGUCGCAGACCAAUCGUAAGGUGUGCGGUCGCCUUUAGGUUGGCAUUAUUUGUAAUAAGAAUUUCCGUAGUAAUUUCUGCAUCCAUGUUUAAUAUUAAAGCCUGAAUGACUUAAGGCGCAAACUCUUUUUUUUUUACAGUAAUUUCUACCCCCUCCCUUUCCCGUUCGGGUCCCCGUUUGUGUGUUGUAACUUUACCGUAUGUCUUUCGGCUGCCAAUUUUGCUAUUUGUUUUGCAUAUUCAUCCAAUACCUGUAUAAUACUAAUUUAAGUUUUGUAACCAGUUUUAUCAUUGUUUAUGUGUAAAUUCAACUCGUUGUUUAAACAAUUGAACUUCAUGAAACAUUUUAAUGUGUUUUUGUGAGCACUUUUUUUAAUGUAAAUUUGUCAAAUGAAAACAAGUUAAAGUUUAUCAAAAAGCUUUUUAUGUGUUAAUUAAUUUAGUUAUAUUUUCAAGAAUUAAUAUCAUUCAAUGGAACCACAAAGGAUAUCACAAAUAAAUACAAGUCAGAUUUUAUCAUUCAGAUAUUGUUAAUGUAUGGUUAAUUCUUGGUGAAUAACAGACACCGACAAUCAAGCGGCGGUAUGAGAAAUCAUUGGGUAAAGUCAAAUAUGAAUGCUACACCAUAGGUGGCAAAUAUGACUUGAAAAGAUAAAGUAAAAUUAGAAUCAAAUAAUCAAAUUUGGAGUAAAAUAUCAUGAAAAUAACGAGAUAAAGGCAUGAUUUCAUUGAAACUGUAAAUGCAUGACGUCGUAAAUCCGCACCACUAUUGUUUUUUUUUCUUGUGUGUUGUAAUUUCUGCUCAUUUAAAAAAGGUGUAAGAUCACCUUUGCUGUAAAAUGCAACGCAUUUAGUUACAAGGAAGAUAAUCUUUAUUUAUGUUUGAAAUUUAAAGAUUUCAUAUGAUAGAACAUGGAAAGUGAAAUUGGGGACAUGACAUCAUCAGCUCGAUCGUUGCAUAUUCAUGGUGACCUGUUUAAUUGUUGUUUCAUUGAAACAAUGCUUAUAAUUUAAAAAUGGAAUAAGUUAAUUGUCUUCGGGAUUUGAUAAAACUUUCAGUGUUGAUCCCUUUUCAUUCUA